UAUGGGCCGCAGUUGUGCGCAGGACCCGAAACAGGAAACACGUCGUAGUUGCUUCGAGCGGAGAAGACUGCAGCAGCGUAAAAUAUUGCCAUUCGAAUUGUGUGCCCAUUAAGUGCAAAGGAUUUGCUAGAGAAGAUGAACCUAUCCGACUUCAAGCAAUCGCUGAUCACAUUCCAAGGAUUAGGCAAAGGCCUUAAUGCCACGCUGUUCUACUCAGCCCUACUGGCUCUUCUGGCCACCACCGCCCACGGAUUGCAGUUGGGCCCUUUGUCAACGAAGGCGCCGCGGGUCAGCAAGUACACAACCAAGUCGCCAUCGGCCGCGUCGAUGAACCAUGAUGCCACCACCUCGCUGUACCGCUUCAAUGCCACCAACGGUAUCACCUGCAUCCUGAUGCAGGUGGAUGGAUUAAUCAGCAUCAGGUAUCGCAACAAGCUGAACGAGGAUGUGGAGGCCGAUCUGUAUAUGCCCGAUAAUCCCCAGCUAAGCGGCGAGUGCGUGGAGUCCAAUAUGGAGAUCCUAACCAUGGACUUUAAGGGCUUCCGCCUGUCCAUGACAUUUAAAAAGUCGUCCGGCGGCGAAGGCUGGUACAUAAAUUUGUUUGAGCUAUCCUACUCCUCCUCGAACGGGCUAUUCGAACACCCCGAUCGCCCCAAUCUCGAUGUCAAGCUCACCUCACCAGCCCAGACGCCCAUGUACUUCCCCACGCCGGUGGGCAAGUCCUACUUGUGCGACAAGGAGCAAACUGUGAUCAUGUACGCCCCGCACGACUCCGGAGACCAGUCGGGGCAUAUAGCCAAAUUAUAUCUGCGGGACAUGCAUAUGCAGAGCUUCAUGUUCAAGGACAGUGGCAAGUGGGGACCUUCCUUCCACUGCAGCGCCACCGGCUCCUAUCGCGACGAGACGGCGCCCUUGGCUGUUGGAACUGCCCUGGCCAUUGCCGUUCUGCUGACCAUCUCGGGUUACGGCGGAUGGAGGUACUUUAAGGUCAAGAAGGUCCAGUACGGCUCGAUGGAGUGAGCACGGCUAAGCAACCAAGUGAAGCAUUCGUUUUCGUUCAACUAUUUGAGAUCAUAUCGUUGUCUACACAUAUCCCCCACGUUUGUUGGAUCUAUUGCAAUCCUUUGUAGUCCUAUUUUAAAACUUUAAGAGUCAAAAUUGAGGAGUUGUCCCGGCAGUUUUACGAAAUUAUCGAAAGCAACAUAAAGAUAUACAUAUAUGAGAAAUGCAAAUGUCUUCCAUAUUGUUAAAAUGUAUAAAAUAAUACCGCACCAUAUAUGAUUAUUA